AUGUGGUGUUUAAGGAACUCAGUUUUCCUUUUGAAAGAGUUGCAGACUCAGACACUUCAGAGGAUCUGUUCACUUCUCAGCAAAAAUGAGACUGAAGACAUAGUGAAUGAGAAUCCUAUUCCUGAACAAGUUGAGACAGCAGAAUUUCAGGAACCUAUCUUGGAUACACUAGAAAAAGCAAUAGAUAAUGAGCUGCAUACAUUGGAAGAGGCAACAAUGGAGUUGCAUGCACCACCAGCAUCAACAGAAGCAGAAACUAGAAAGUCUAGUCAACAAGGAAGACCUUCUAUUUGGCUUAAGGACUACAUAACUACUGGCAAGCCACACAGUAAUAAUGCCUACUCCAUUUCUACUUUCAUCUCCUAUGACCAUCUAUCACCUGCAUAUCAAUCUUAUCUCAGUGUAUUCUCAACUCUAACUGAACCAUAUUCUUUCAAAGAAGCUGCACAUGAUCCAAGGUGGGUAGAAGCCAUGGACCAAGAGGUUAAAGCACUUGAAGAAAAUCACACCUGGGAGAUAGUUGACUUGCCAGAAGGCAAGAAACCAAUUGGCUCUAAGUGGGUGUUCAGGAUCAAGUACAAAUCAAAUAGGGAAGUUGAGAGAUUUAAAGCAAGAUUGGUUGCAAAAGGAUAUACUCAACAAGAAGGGUUGGACUACCAUGAGACAUUCUAA